AUGCUUAUUUGUUAUAUUUUGGGGUGGAUUAUAAAUUUAUGUGUCGUUUCGUCAUUAUCUUGUUAUCAAUGCAACUCAUCGCAUCAUUCUAAUUGUUUAGAACACUUAACUGAUCUAGGCAAACAUUCACUUCAACCAACCCCUUGUACAACUUAUGGAGCACGAUUUUGUAUUAAAACUACUGGAAUCUACGGAGCUGUUAUGGGUAUAACACGUUUUUGUAGCGCAUGGGAUAUGGGUAAUGAAUGUCAAUUUUUAGAUUUCCCCGAUCAUGAUCGAAUAUAUCGUGCAUGUGUUAUGACAUGUUCAAAAGAUGCAUGUAAUUUAAGUAGAAGAAUGAUGAUAUCAUUAUAUUCUAUGAUGAUAAUCUUGUACAUAGUCAUAUAUUUCUAUUUUAAUACAAUUUGUUAA